AUGAUUUUGAUCAAGCAAGGGAGUGCGGCGGGCGCCGACCCAAGGAAUCGGACCGAAGAGUCUGAUGAUGGCAACGAGCCAGAUGACAGAAGCAAUGCUGGACCACCUCCUUCGUGGGACGGCACCACGAGCUUCCGCGAUUAUCUGGUGAGGGCUCGUCUUUGGCUGGCGACCACCAAGCACCUGGCCAGGGAUGACACGUGGAUGGAUAGCCCGCAGAACGGACAGCUUCUGCUGAAGAUGAUGGAUACCAAGGAGCUCUACGGUGAAGAUGAACGCGAAGAAAUGCUUCAGAGUCUGGUCACCGAAGUAAAACUCCUGAUGAAUUACACUCAGGGCCGUCUGGGACAGAAAGAUGUCAAGGAGUGGGUCCGGAUCCACGAGACCGACCUGGACUUGAAGAACAAGGCCAAUGGCAGUAAGAAGCCUUCCGAUGCCGUCCACUACGUCGAGGGCGAGGACCUGGACCCGAACGACCACGACGAGCCGUACCUCGACAACGACGAGGACAUCGAGGUCCUUCUGAACGCCGUGCAGGACUUGGACGACCGCGUGCCGACCGAGACGACCGACGACGAGAAUGGCGUCUUUGAUGAGGGCGAAGCGCGGGAGGUCCUGGCGACAAUGAUCAAAGAGCACUCGAAGCGGCGCACCUUUUCGGCCGUGAACACCGCGAAGAAGGCGAGGAACCUGGCUCGUGGCUUGGUUCGGCGGCUCGAGCUCAGCCUUUCGCUCAGCGUGGCCGCGGCAACUUCAGCGAUCGGCUCCUCUGGCAACCACAGUGUCAACUUCUUGGAGCUCGGCGCCAGCGAGGUGAACUUCCUUGGUUUCGACGAGUUCAAGGCCAUCAAGGAAGCGGUCAUGAGUGCCAAUCUGAUCAUGUUGCCGGCUAACAAGCGAUCCCGGGCCGACGACCCCAAGGACACCGGGACCUGGCUCGAGUCGUGGAGGCGCAUGGUGCUUCACUUCAUGGUGAUCUGCACCCAUGCCGGCCGCCAGGCCUUCAUGAACUACCUCAUGAUCAGGGGCCCGGAUGGUCAAGCGUACAAGAACUGCCAGGACAUGAUCAAGCAACUCAGCGUGGCCGAGCUCAAGCACCUGUCGAGCCUGGUGUCACAGACUCUCGAGGUUCGGGAGAUCGAGAACAUGAACGCCGGGAGCUUCAUUGUACUGGAGCCACCUCUCAAAGAGAAGAUCGGAGCAACAGCACCCAUCCACCGGUGCUACUGCGGCCAGCCGGUUGUGGUACUGGUGACACGCAAGGAGGUCGGCUCCUCCGAGCCGGUCAUCUCAAAGGAGCACGCCGAGUCCACCAACUGUGAACCAGAAGAUUCCAGCUUCGACAACAAGUUUGUGGUGGACGAGGAGCAGCUUCCGCCAAGAACUCCGAAGCUCGGGACGACCACUCCCGAGUACGCCGCCUUCCUGGAGUUCCAGAAGUUCCAGAACAUGAGGCGCGGCCAGGGCAGCUUAAGGAAGCUGAACGGCAAUGGGUUGUCAUGGAGCACCAUUAUCGGCGACAAACGCCGAUCUGCAGCGGCUGCUCAAGUGUACCCGAAUCGCCUGGUGGAUGCCAUCCUUGAGGCCUAUGCCAGGUCUGACCAAGAACGGGACAAGCGCUACUUUCUCAAGCACGAGCUGGACGAGAUUGAGGUCAACCUUGCGGUCCCGGAGAGAUCCCUUCACCAGGAGAUCCUCGUCAAUGAGGAGGCUUUGGAUCAACCAGGCGGACAAGAUCGUCCCAACGAAGCCGAGCCGGCGCUCAUCAGAGAUCUUCUUCCUGAGACCUAUGGCAUCUCAGAGGAGAUGAUCGCCAAGGAUGGCUGGAGCCUUGUGGACAACAAGGUUUGGCUCAACUCGCUGGAGAAUUCCCGCGAGAUUCCGAAUCCUGAGCCGGACCAUCCGGCUUUCAACUUUCCCUGGCGAAGCUCCUGUGUCAAGGAGAAUGGGAGCUGGAGACUUCUGGAAGAUGAGGUCCGAUGGAGCGGCUUGGCGCUGCCAGACCCGGCCCGUCGGGUGGCUCCUCCGAAGGAAGAGACGCACAUCAACGAGAGGGCCCCGACACAACGAGGCCUUACUGAACGAGCUGGAGGCGUCUUCAAAAAUAUCUUGUACAAGUCCAUGAUGGAUUAUGGCUGCCAAUCCAGGGGAGAGUGGCUUGAGCUUGUUGACAUUGCUUGCAUGACUAGGAACCGUUUGUUGUUGAGAGCUGGCUAUUCACCUAUUCAAAGAGGGUAUUCACCUCGAUUACCUGGGGGGCUUCUUUCCGGAGGUGAGAAUGACCACAUGGCCGCUGACUUGAUCCGGAUCGGUGACCGGGAUGCGGUCCGGGCCAUGAAGAUGCGCAAGGCGGCGGCCGUAGCAUUUCAUGAAGCCGAUUGUGAUCAAGCACUAAGAGCUGCAGCACUUGGCGGUCCCAGACGUUUCCAGAACUUUGAAAUAGGUCAAGCUGUCUACUGUUGGCGUAGAGGAGCAGGCACCCACAAGAAGACAAGGGAUUCCUAUUGGCAUGGUCCCGGUCGGGUUCUUAUGACUGAUCUUCCUAAUGCAGUGUGGAUUUCCUUCAAUGGCACCAUUGUCAAAGCAGCUCCAGAACGUGUCCGGCAUGCAACUCCAGAAGAAGAUCUCACAAUUAGUGGCGCCGUCAACGAGCCUGCCGAGGACGCCGAGAUCCGCGGCGAGGUCGGAGAGGUGAUUUCAGGGUCCGGGGUUAAGAGGGAAGGUGGAGAAGAUCAAGCAGGGCCUCCCGAAAAGCGUUCUCGGGUUCAACUUUUGGAGAUCUACCACAUGCACUUACAAGCUCUCUCGAAGCAACGAGCCAGGAAAGAAGCCAAAUUCAGUGAUUUCAAGGGUCGAGAUGCAGUUAAGCUACAGAAUGCCAUUCGCAAGGAGAUCGAUAACAACCUUCGGACAAAAGCUUACCAACUUCUUAGCCCAAAAGAAUCACGUGACAUUCGGAACAACAAGCCGGAAAAGAUCAUGGAGUCCCGCUACGUUUUCACCAAGAAGCCUAUCGAACCGUGUGAGACUGCUGCUGCCAGGAUAGAUGGCGUCCUCCUAGAGGACGAACCGGGAGAAGCGUGCAAAGCCAAGGCAAGGCACGUGAUGAAGGGAUAUUCCGAAGAAUCAGCCCUGGAUGUAGAGUUCACUACACCUCAAGUCAAUCGGGAUUCGGUCAUUUUCGUCCUUCAAGUGAUUGCUAGUAUGGGUUGGGUUCCUGGUUUCCUGGACUUCACUCAAGCGUUCCACAGCGGGGACGAGAUCAACAGAGAGCUCUACUGCUUUCAACCCAAGGAGGGCAUCCCUGGAGCACAUCCAGAACAAAUCCUGAAACUCCUCAAAACUUGUUAUGGCCUCACGGAUGGUCCCUUCGCAUGGUACCAACAUCUUGCUCGUAGGCUACAAGAAGAUUUUGGUUACCGCCCUAGCCAGGCAGAUCCAUGUGUCUUCAUGCUUCACGACAGAGAAUGUCCAGAUGGACCCCGACUGGAAGGCAUCAUGGGCAUCGCCACGGACGAUCUGGUCCAUGGUGGAAGUGAGAAACACUGGGCGAAUGUGGCCCAGAUAGCCAGAGAGUACAAGCUUGGCAAAAACCAGACCGGCGAAGGCCGCUUCACCGGGAAACAUGUCAAGCUGGAGCUGGAUGGAUCCAUCACCGCUAACCAGGACUUCUAUGUGAAGGAGAAGGUACAUGACAUUCCUCUGACCAGGAAACGGAAACAGCAAAGAUACUCCCGCUGCACAGCGCAGGAGGUGGAGCAAUUGAGAAGUUCCUUGGGAGCUUUAUCCUGGCUGGCCAAGGAGACGAGAUGCGAUCUGGCAGGGCGAGUCUCCCUUCUUCAGCAAGCAUUUCCGGAGCCGAAGGUGUCCGAUUUGGUGGAGGCAAAUCGAAUUGCCUCAGAGGCGAGAAAGUUCUCGCACCUCGGCAUCAAGAUCAUGCCAAUCCCUUGGCAGGAUCUGAGAAUCUCUGUGGUCACCGAUGCCGCCUGGGGCAAUACCAAGGAGACGCCCUGGAUUGAAGACAAUCCGGCAGAUCAUUGGCAAGAGCUUCCAGAUCGCUGGAUCAGACACCAUGUCCAAGCACGGAGGACUACGUUCCAUCCAGGAGCAGCUCCUGGAGGUCCGGACCUUCAUGAAAUUGCCUCCCGGCGGCUCAUCGACAAGUACACGGCCACGGACCAGUCCCUCCGCCAUGAGCAGAUCGAAGAUGAGUGGAGCGACCAACAGGGCAUUCGUGUUCUACAAGAGUUUCCGUGGACAGGUCAAAGCAUCUUUUUCAAGCAAGAUGCCAAGGAGGCAAAGCCGAGCAAAAUUCAUAGCAGUCUUGUACAGCUCCAGAACUUGUCCAGUCAGGGCGGUCAGAUUGUCAUCUACCACCACAAGAGCCUGUCUGAGACCGAGCGCCCAGCGAUGACAACAGUGGCUUCCUGGAAAAGCUACCGGCUCAAGAGGAAGACCGUGGACACGCUAGCCGCAGAGGGACAGGCCCUUCAGGCUGGCAUCGGCUCUGUUCACUGGCAUAGACUUCUCUCUUCCUCGAGGCCUUCCACGGCAUGCUGUCGGCAAGUGACUGGAGAGCUGCUGCACGUAGGAUCCCAUUUUUGGCGGCCGUAG